AUGACCAAUGACCCUGUAUGUCCACAGGCCAGGUACAAGCAGAGCCUGGAUCCGACGGUGGACGAGGUGAAGAAGCUGUGCACAUCCCUGCGGCGCAAUGCCAAGGAGGAGCGGGUGCUGUUCCACUACAAUGGGCACGGUGUGCCCAGGCCGACGGUGAACGGGGAGAUCUGGGUCUUCAACAAGAACUAUACUCAGUAUAUUCCUCUGUCCAUAUACGACCUGCAGACUUGGAUGGGCAGUCCUUCCAUUUUCGUCUAUGAUUGCUCCAAUGCUGGCCUUAUUGUCAAGUCGUUCAAACAAUUUGCACUACAGAGGGAGCAAGAGCUGGAGGUGGCUGCAAUUAACCCAAACCAUCCUCUUGCUCAAAUGCCUUUGCCUCCAUCGAUGAAGAACUGCAUUCAGUUGGCAGCAUGUGAAGCUAAUGAGUUGCUCCCUAUGAUCCCCGAUCUGCCGGCCGACCUUUUCACAUCAUGCCUUACUACGCCAAUCAAAAUUGCUCUGAGAUGCGGAGAGGAGCAGCAGCAGUUUGGUGCCAGCUGAGGACGCGGUAUCAGG